AUGUCUGGAUGUGUCGCACACACAAAGGCGUUUGUCGCUUGGAAUACGUCAAAUUCAAUUGGACACAACCAAGAAAGGGUAACGACGAAGUCCUCUUGCUGGCUGCAGGUGUUGCUAAACAUCGUCAACUUCUCGAAAACGAAGAGCCUAUACAGGGAAGGUCUUGCUCCGGUUGUGUGCUCCCGCGGACGACCCCAUUGGAAUCGAAUCCCGUCGAGUCAAGUGCUCUACUAUCGGUCGCCAAAGGGACCUGGUAAUCGGAUGGCCUACGUGAUGUCGUUCCUCUUCAAAUUCGACGUGGCAGCCGCUGCUCCCUACUUUUUCGCCUACGCCUUUCCGUACACCUACACGGACUUGCAGAGAUACCUCUACAGAGAUCCGUACUUUGUAUCCUGGAAUGGUACAAGAAUCCGCGUCUUCCAGCUGGGCAUUGCGGCCCACGAGGUGCUUCUGUCGUUCAUCCCCGGCUCGCACGCAAGGGAUAAUGCAAGCGCCACCAAGCAGUUCCAUUUGUGUACCUACACCGGCCGGUUUAUUUGGUGUUCUUACUGUUGCGCCGCGCCGUUCGAUGUAUCGUCGCUGUUUCCGGACAACAUGAUGGCAAGUCUUGAAAGGCUUAAACUUCCAUUUCUGCAGCGAGAGGCUCUGUGUCGGACGUUACAGCAACGCAGGGUGGAUCUGCUGACAAUAACGGCGCCCGAGGGGGAACCGGGGACACGACCGUUGCGAGAGCGAAAGUGGGUCUUCAUGUCUGCGAGGGUUCAUCCCGGUGAAACACCGGCGCAGUUCAUCAUCCACGGCGUGAUUGACUUCCUUACCGGCGAAUCUCCGCGGGCCCGGGCUCUGAGAGGAAACGUCGUAUUCAAGAUCGUUCCCAUGCUGAACCCGGAUGGUGUGGUGAACGGCAACUACCGUUGCUCGUACCUAGGCUUCGACCUCAAUCGGCACUGGCUGGACCCUACUGCUUGGGCGCAACCGGAGAUUCUUUCGGUCAAGACCCUCGUCGCAGAAUUGCACGAGGACCCGUCCGUCGACCUUGAUUUUUAUGUUGCGGCAGCCGCCGCGGGAUCAGCAAACAGGAAAAACAAACCUCGGGAACGGCAAGAAGGGGGCGGCUGUAGCAGCAACGGCAAGGUCAGAAGUUCUAGAGCAGUUGCGAGGGGGAAAGCGGCGGGGGAGCUGGUUGAAGACGACGAUACGACGGCCUACAGCGGCGUGUCUUCAGUUUUCCCGAGGAUGUUGGCGGCGAACGCCCCAGAUUUUUCGUUUGCGCGAUCCAGAUUCGACGCUGAUCCAAACGACUGGCGUCAACGUUUUCCGACUACUACGGGCUGUCAAGGUCCGAAAACCAGUAGGUAGCACGAGGCGGAGACGGACAGCUUUCAAGACCUCCCUGUUCUUCUUCCUCCAAGACCUUUAUCACCCGUGCAGUAGUGAACCAAGAACUACUGGAUUCGCGGCCAGACGGUGUUGUUGCACACCGUAGGCGAAAGAGGAUACCCCCCCCGCGUGCGCGCGCUCUGAGACAUCCCCCGUGCCCUCUUGUUGAGUUCAAAGCCGGGGAAUAUGGAUCAGGUAUACACUUACAUGCUUAGCGGGAACUAAUGUGUCGUUUUCUCGUGUUUGCGGAGACUGAUGAUGUCUUCCAGCAACCACACUAAAUUUGGUCUUGUGAGAUGCCCAUUUGUGGUUUGAACCAGAAGCGACAUUGAGGCUUCCAGGCAAGACGUAGGCGGAUGCACGUCUGCAUGGGUCUUCCUUGUUUCGUUCGUGCGCCCCCCCUGCUCUGUU